AUUCAGAAUUCUUGAAGAAUAAAAAAGUUAAGAGCCUAGAAGAUGUUUGCCUUGCGACAGCUUGCCAGUGUUGGGAGAACACAAUGCCAUUCACAGGCUGCUGCUGUCUCACUUGUCCGAUACAAUACAACAACUGCACAGCAGAGUGCCCCCAAGAAAACAAAGUUUGGCCCCCUGAAAGAUGAGGAUCGGAUCUUCACCAACCUUUAUGGACGCCAUGACUGGAGGCUGAAGGGGGCACUGAACCGUGGUGACUGGUACAAGACCAAGGAGAUUUUGCUGAAAGGAGUUGACUGGAUCCUGAAUGAAAUUAAAAUCUCAGGACUUCGAGGCAGAGGUGGUGCUGGAUUCCCCACAGGCAUGAAGUGGGGUUUCAUGAACAAGCCUUCGGAUGGCAGACCAAAGUACCUGGUUGUCAAUGCUGAUGAGGGGGAGCCUGGGACAUGCAAAGACCGAGAAAUCAUGCGUCACGAUCCCCAUAAGUUGAUUGAAGGCUGUUUGGUGGCAGGUCGUUCUAUGGGUGCCCGAGCAGCGUAUAUCUAUAUCCGUGGAGAGUUUUACAAUGAAGCCUCCAAUUUGCAGGUGGCCAUCAGAGAGGCAUAUGAAGCGGGCUUAAUAGGAAAGAAUGCCUGUGGUUCCGGUUAUGAUUUUGAUGUCUUUGUAGCACGAGGAGCAGGUGCAUACAUAUGUGGUGAAGAGACUGCCCUCAUUGAGUCCAUCGAGGGAAAACAGGGCAAACCCCGCCUAAAGCCACCUUUUCCAGCUGAUGUUGGAGUUUUUGGCUGUCCAACCACAGUAGCUAAUGUGGAGACUGUUGCUGUUUCACCUACCAUCUGCCGACGAGGUGGGGCGUGGUUUGCCAGUUUUGGACGGGAGAGGAAUUCUGGUACAAAGUUGUUCAACAUCUCUGGCCAUGUCAAUAAUCCGUGCACCGUGGAAGAAGAGAUGUCAGUCCCAUUGAAAGAGCUAAUAGAGUGCCAUGCAGGUGGGGUAAUUGGUGGCUGGGAUAACCUGUUGGCUGUGAUCCCAGGAGGCUCUUCAACACCUUUGAUCCCUAAAUCAGUCUGUGAGGAUGUAAUGAUGGAUUUUGAUGCACUUAUUCAAGCACAAACGGGCUUGGGUACAGCAGCCAUUAUAGUCAUGGAUAAGUCUGUAAGUAAUCUUUCCAAGUUCAGAAUAAAUUAG